AUGCAUGCGUUCACUGUCCUCGCACUCCUCACAGCCUCUGCUGUUCAACUCGUCGCCGCGGGUGGUUUCGCGUCGACAUGCAGCGACAUGACCUACUCGGGUACCACGUUCACCGCGCAAUGCAAGAACAACUUUGUUGAUCCCUAUUUCGAGAAGGCCCCCAUUGACCUGUCAAAGUGCCUUGCCAACGUUGGGGGCAAGGUUGUCUGCCGUCCUAAGAGCCCGUCCUUCAAGUUUUGUGACUGUGGUCUCGGCAGUGACAAGAAGAUUUUGAACUGCCGUUGCACUGACUCUACUGGAACUAAGCAGCCUUCGUCUCUGAACCUUGAUACCUGCCUGACCAACAACGACGGAAACUUAUCAUGCUAA